AAAUUAUAGCCGCUCUUGUCUCGGAACAAGUAGGGAACUGCGAACAAGCACCCCCCAGUUCACGCUUGGUCGAGCUCGCCGUCAGACACCGUCCGCCUUUGUCAGCCCUGUGCGGUUUUUGUCGGGCAAGUAUUGAAGAAGGUUCGAGCCCUAGGGCUUUGUCUACUCCCCAAAAUACGCACUUGGAAUAGUAGCAUAAUGCUGUCAAAGGAGGCAUCCAUGGAAGUUGAUGGUGUCCCAUCUGAGCUAAAACCUUUGCCACCAAAGCCACAGUUUGAGCCUUUGAAACCUCAUGAAAUGUCUGACGGUCGGGUUCAAUUCCGGAAGGUGUCUGUUCCACAACAUCGAUAUACCCCUCUUAAGAAAGCUUGGAUGGAAAUAUACACUCCAGUAUAUGAACAGAUGAAAAUUGACAUUCGUAUGAAUCUAAAGGCUCGAAAGGUUGAGUUGAAGACGAGAAAAGAUACACCUGAUAUCAGCAACUUGCAGAAAUGUGCUGAUUUUGUCCAUGCUUUCAUGUUGGGCUUCGAUGUCAUAGAUGCAGUCGCCCUUUUGCGUUUGGAUGAGCUCUAUGUUGAGUCCUUUGAGAUCAAGGAUGUUAAAACCCUAAGAGGUGACCACUUGUCUCGCGCUAUUGGAAGAUUAUCUGGUAAAGGUGGUAAAACGAAGUUUGCAAUCGAGAAUGCAACAAAGACACGUAUUGUGAUUGCUGAUACCAAAAUUCACAUAUUAGGAUCUUUUGCCAACAUUAAGAUUGCUAGAGAUUCUCUUUGUAGCUUGAUCUUGGGGUCCCCAGCCGGAAAGGUAUAUUCGAAACUAAGAGCAGUUACUGCUAGACUGGCAGAGAGGUUUUGACCUCCUCUUUAUCAUGGCAUUUAUGUGAGCAACUUUCAGAUCUAUAGUUUUGUUCUUUCUUUGGGUGUAACCCCUGAUUAGAGAUUGAGUGUGCUGAGAGUGAGUUGUGGUAUGGAAGCUUUGCUAUGCAUUAAUGGCUGCUUCUUUCAAUUUUGGAUUUCUCUAGUUUAGGAUUUUGACAAUGUCUUAUAUGUCAAGUUCAAAUUAAAUUAUAAAUUUUGAGCUGAUAUUAUGCUAAUUACUGGCAUUCCUUGCCCCACCAAA